AAGUCGCUGCUUGUCCUUUAAAUGAUUCGGUGUCGCCUGCUACAUGCUAGAGCGCACGCCUACCUCGAGUUUCUCCCGCACGAUUGUUUGCUCAUCUUCCAGUGCAGGUUCCUUGUUGUUCAGACUUCCGAAAGUCCGCUCUGUCCGUGUUGCCAGUUCUUCUGCACGAGUCUGCGCAGUGUGUGGAGGAGGAACAGCGAGUGAAGCGCGAGGAGCGCAGUCGGACAUGAUGCGCGCGGAGCUCAGACAAGAGCCACCAUGGUGAGGAAGAGACCCAGAGCGCGAGGAUUUGUGUUCAGCGUGAAGCUAAAGAGAUGCACAGUGCAUGAAAAACCCGGAGAACUCGUGGGCGAUUUGGUUUUACUGGUCUGAGCGGAAAACUCGGCGGAAAUCAGCAUAGGAGAGCAGCAGGAACAGGUUUUUUUCUGCUUAUGGAGAAUCUCAGCAAUCUGGAAUACAUGAUGAAGUUCAAGCCCAAUCAGACAAGGACGUACGACGGCGAAGGCUUUAAAAAACGGGCCGCGUGUUUGUGCUUCAAGAACGACCGGGAAGACGAGGUGUUGCUUGUGAGCAGCAGCCGGCACCCGGAUCAGUGGAUCGUUCCAGGAGGUGGAAUGGAGCCAGAGGAAGAGCCAGGUGGAACUGCUGUGAGAGAGGUCUAUGAAGAGGCUGGUGUAAGGGGCACGCUUGGCAGAUUGCUAGGGGUUUUUGAGAACCUAGACAGCAAACACCGAACGUAUGUGUAUGUGCUUACGGUUACAGAGACACUGGAGGACUGGGAGGACUCUGUUAAUAUUGGUCGCAAGAGAAAGUGGUUUAAGAUUGACGAGGCGAUCCGGGUGCUGCAGUGCCAUAAGCCGGUGCAUGCUGAGUACCUGCGCAGACUCACACCUCGCUGUGGCUCCAAUAACGGAAACACUCAGGAGCCGACAGGCCAAGGCGAUAACACACCUCUCCAUCAGACCACCUCACAUGACUGCAGUCUGCCCCGAUUACACAGAUAGAACUGGCAACAGGGGGCAGCUUUGAGCUACACAAAAAAGGACUGGAAAGAAUACUUUUGCAUGCAGAAUUUCUAUACUUAGUAGGGUUUUUUUUUUUUUCUAAUGUUGAGAAGCCAAAAGUUUAAAGAAGAAUGUGCCUUUGACUCACAAGUUUAUGAUAUAGUGUGUAUAGAGCUUUUGAGACAUUUCUUUCUUACAGCCGAACAAAUAUGUGAUGGGCUUGAAAAAGCCUAUUUGAAUGAAGAAUGAAGGCUAUUGUGAAGAUACUGGACAUUUGGAGCACCUGGCUUUUUAAAUAACUGAGAAAUUACUUAUGGAGUUUUAGCGUUAUUUAUUCCUAGGUUGCCGUGAUUUAAAGAAUGUUUGACAUGAAGCUGAAGCAUCUUUAGCAAUGGCAAAACUGUGCAAUACUUGAUGUAAAAAAAAAAAAAAAAAAAAAAAAAAAAAAAA